AUGGCUCUACGAUUUAUUAUCAACGAAGGAAAGCUCUUCAGUUCCCCUAGAUAUCGUAUCUUCCGGGCGAUAAAAGCCGAGUUUGGUGGUGGAAUUGAGACACUGAAGACAUUCCCUGCCCCGCGGGCCUCAAAUCCGUCAAAUCCACCAUCAAUGCUCUUUUAUGGAGUUGAAUAUGACGAGGUUAACCGCACUCUGGUCAGUGUCAAAGCCCUGAGCUUGCUUAACUACGAUGAGUACACAGAGUUUGCUUUUGCUCAAGACCCAGCAGUUAAACUCACGUACGACUCGUUUCAAUGGAUCCGUGCGAUAGUUCCAAAAGUGCUAGACACACCAGAUGGUCUCUACACUCUAAAAACUUCAAUUAUCACCAACAAUCUAGGAAAGUCUAGCGCCCUGACCGAAGACUUCCAGCGAUUGAUGAGUGAGAACGAGCUCACUUUUAUGAAUCAUGAUAUGCUCCUGCAUCAUAUUGUCUCCCUACCAGCUCAACUGCUACCUUGCUUGGCUCGACUGCCUCCGAGGCUUCAGACAAAUCUGAAACAAGCACUUGAAAUAGGCAGCGUUUUCAAUUUUCUCCAGCUUGCGCGAGCCGAAGCUGUGCCGGUCAGUUUCGCUAGGCUUGAUUGCGUGAAAGAGAACCAGUUUGCCUUUGAAUUACAAUUUCUGAAGCAGCUGCUGGACAUUUCAGGGGUCGCCGGCCAUGAAGAACACACAGGGGCAAAAAAGCUAAUUGAACCGAUAUUCCAGUCGUACAAGGACGUUACGAGGCCUCGAUCCAGUAUCUUCAAGGUAUACUCAACCAAAGAAAGGCGUACGAUGCUAUUCCACUCAGAAGCCUCGAACGACUGGAGCUAUAUCCAGGUGGAAAAAGCCGAUCUGGUUGUGGAUGCUUUCUACAGCACAGCCUUCUCUCCGUUUCGUUGGGACAGGGCUCUCAUCGACGGCCUCAAUCUUGACGGUGAAAUCGACGAACCAGCAGUUCAGGCGAUUUAUAUACCAUCAAUGUUUGUCAGUGCUAUCAGAGCCACCCAAAAUUGCCCCAUUUACAUACAGAAGAGAGUGCUAGCGUUCGUUUUCGUAAAUCUGGCACGAAUUCUGAUCCUUGAUCCACCAGAUUGGAAAGGUCUUCCUGAUGAUACAGUGGUCAUUGAGCGUGAUGUUCGGGGACACCAUUGA